AAUAAGUCUUCUAUUACUAAGUAAAAUUCAAACUUUUUACAAUUAUACAUCGUUAUUGCUAAGAGUUUAUAUCCUUCAACCUUCAGUUAAAUUCUUAAAAUUUUACGAGAAUAGAAAUCGUAUACACUAUACAAUAGUAUUGAUCAUGAAGAUAAUCUGUAAAAAUCGAACUGAUGGAAAUAGAGCGUACAGAGGAUAAAGAAAACCUCGAAUUGUUUGAUUUGGAUUGCAAGACACCUAAACCCUGUCAGACAAAAAUACCUAAGAUUCGGGCUCCAAGGCGUGUAUUUUUUAGAUUUAAGAAAACAGAUUUGGAAGAACAACUGGAUUACAUAGAAAAGUGUGUCCUACAGCCACACAUCCCGAAGUCGUACACGUGGUUGUCGACUAUAACGAUGCCGGCCGUUUUAAAGCAUACUUUAACUGACAGCUAUCAACAGUACCAGCGUGCGACCGUGGAGUUAACAACGAUCAAAUCACAUUCACAAUUGGGCAAAUUGGGUAAGAAAAGUUUGAAUCAAUCGAGUCAGAACGUGGACCGCGGAAAAGUACAAUGUCUUCUGCGAUAAACCAAACUGCUUUGGAAA